CAAUGCUGGAGGCCAUUCAUUCCUUGAGAAUCCUUCCUGCCAAACCUCUACAAGAAUCUGAAUAUGCAGAUAAACGUUGCUUAAGGCCUUCAGGUACCACUUCCCCAACGAGCAGGAGCCCACCUCAGCUCCUCCAAGACUCAGCUAUUCGCACAUUUGAUCCGGAGGAGAGAACACUGCCAAAUGUAAGAGGAGGAAGAAUGAAAAUACAUGGAUACCAGGAGCCUACACCUCCCCCACGGCCUCCAAAGAUGCUGCCAAAGCAGUAUCAGCCCCUGCCUCCAGAGCCACGAAUAAGCAGCCAGGUCUUUCCCAAGAGGAGCACACUCCGCCAAGAUCCCACCUUUCCAAUAUCAGCAAAUGUCACAAGACCUUCAUCUGUUAGGGAGUCAAAUAAAGCACCUGGAAGAGAUCAAGUUACAAGUUUGGGGAAGAAACCUGAAGUAUCUUUUCAAGCACAACAGCAUCCUCCUGAAGCCAGCCCUCAAUGUACACGGAGCUCUAAAAACAUUUGCAGAUCAGGUUCCACAUUAAGAGUAGAUAAUUUGACAGUGAAGAAGUCACCACCUCCUACAUCAUAUGCAGCAUGCAAAAAUAAAUCAAAACAUUUGCUUGUGGAACAGGAAAUGCAAUCUCUUACCCAACCCGCUGAAAAGGAUUUAAACAAAUGUGAAUGGUACGUUGGAGAAUAUGAUCGCCAUAAAGCAGAGAAGAUACUGUUACAGAAAAACCUUGACGAGACAUUCUUGGUUAGAGAUUGUUCAAAGAAAUCGAAGUCUGAACCGUACGUUUUGGUUAUUUAUUAUGGAAGGAGAGUGUACAACAUUAAAGUCCGUUUUCUGGAAGAAAGCCAACAAUACGCGUUGGGAACAGGGCUCAGAGGAGAGUGUAAAUUUAAUUCGGUGGAAGAGAUCAUUGACUUCUACAAAUCCGUUCCCAUAACACUCAUUGACGGAAAGGAUCAGUCAGGAAAUCACAGAGAACAAUGCUACCUCACACAUCCAUUCAAGUCAUGCUGACAUUUUCUGCCUUAUUGUCACUGAGUCAUCUGUAUAGAUAUAAAUAGAGCACUUAUUUAAAUGUCUCAAGAGUCAGAUUUGCCUUUUGAGCAAGGAGGUCCCCAUAGUAUAAUGAAGUAUUUUUCAGGUCUACUCCAUUUUUUGAUUGUUGCAUUUUCACUUUGAGGACACAAAUAAAGAGUAUAUCAAUGUAUUAAUUCAUGGGAAGGUGUUGAGACCGACUCCUGGUAUCUUGACAAUGACUGACCAAUUUGCUUAUCUUGCACUCUACCUUCUAAUUUAGGAUGAAAAUGAAACUCACCCUUGCUUUGAGAUGAAAACAAAACUCGCCCUUGCUUACCUAAAUGUCACUGAAACUCCACCAAGUAGCAAAACCUAAUAAAGUAUACCAGCACAAUACCACGGCCAUUAAA